AUGUCUCCUACAUUUCGCUCUUUGGGAUUCAUUUUGUUCAUUAUGUGGGCACUCGUAUCUACUGCAGUUGCGGUAGUGACUAAUAAUACGACAACGAGCCUACCUACUGUUGACCUUGGUUACUCUAUCCACCAAGCAACUUUGAAUGCACCUAUCGGUAGUCUUAGAUUUGCUGCACCUGUCCCACCUAUAGGUCGCAAUAUCACCAUAAACAAUGGUCAACACGAUUCUAUCUGCCCACAAGCCACGCCAGCUUGGAUGUUGACUGCCGAAAUCUUCGUGGACGAUUAUUUGUCUGGUCAGAAUGUCAGCAAUUUCACGAAUCCGCCACAUGAGAUGGUUGCAAGACGUACGGCUCUGUCGGUUGAUCCACGUUCAAGUGAAGAUUGUCUGUUUCUUGAUGUUAUAGUGCCACAGAAAAUAUUUAGUGCAACCAAAACCUCAGAGAUUGUGGCAAAAAAUGCAGGAAAUGAGACAGGUGCACCUGUUCUGGUCUGGAUUUAUGGAGGUGGGUAUGCCACUGGCAGUAAGACAUCGACUGGAAACCCUGCUGGCCUCAUAUCGGCUAGUCUAGCAAAUGAGAAAGAAGGGGUGGUCUAUGUCGCCAUGAACUAUAGGCUUGGACUAUUCGGAUGGCUCGCCGGAGAUUCAGAUGUCAUAGCAAAUGCAGGCUUAUUAGAUCAACGACUUGCACUUGAAUGGGUUCAAACCCACAUCUAUCUAUUUGGUGGGGAUCCUAAACGAGUUACUGUUAUGGGAGAGUCGGCUGGUGGUGGAUCAAUCUUACACCAUAUCACAGCCUACGGCGGUACCAAGGGCCGCACUCCAUUUCAGCAAGCAAUCCCACAGAGUCCGGCCUUUAUUCCCAUCGUUCCGUCUCAAGCAAAAGCUUCUUUCCAUGACGUAAUUGGGAAUGCAUCAUUGCUCUCGAACACUACCGUUACAACUGCAAGCCAACUGAGAACUUUACCCUACGAAAUACUUUCGGGUGUUAAUACCAUGAUGAUUGGUAAAUCCAGCUACGGACAGUUCACUUUCGGGCCAGUCGUGGAUGGAUCAUACGUUCCAGACUUUCCACCACGACUAUUGACCCAAGGAGCUUUUGACCACAAUAUUGGCAUCUUAGUAGGCCACAAUUCCGACGAAGGCUUGCUUCUUACCAAUCCUGCAGUUCAAACUCAGCCCGAGUUUGUUUCCACGUUCGAACAAGCCUUGCCAUCAGCCAACGCAUCAGUCAUCUUUCAUUUGACAAAUAUACUCUACCCACCCAUUUAUGACGGUAGCUAUGGCUACACAUCACCUAUCGGACGACUCGCUCUAUCGAUCUCUCACCUCACAAUAACAUGCAAUGCCUACUCUCUUGCCUCCACAUUCUCAAAGAUAUCGCCAAAAGGAUUCAAUCCAUCAUCACCCUCCUCCUCCUACGCAUAUCUCUUCUCCGUCCCCCCAGGGACCCAUGGCAUAGAUGUUCCGUACACAUUCUUCAACGGCGAUACCACCGACAGUCCUUCUGGGGGAGGACCUCCAGUAAUAGCAAGUCUUGCGACUUUGUUCCAACAUUUUCUAAUUGAUUUCGUGAUCUCGGGGAAUCCAUCUUCUGAUGGGACGUUUGAGAGGUAUUCUAAGAAUCAGACGGUGACGGAUAUUGAUAUCACCGGACUUACACUUGUUAAGGACCCGGCGUCUGAUUCUAGGUGCGAUUAUUGGCUUAGAUUCCCGUAUUAUAGUGAGUGA